AACAAACUUGGUUAACUUUACAAGAAAAACUUUCAGAAACCCAUACAAACUAUAAUAUAAACACAAUGAACAUUAUCGGUUAUUGUCGACUUGCUAAAGAAAUCAAUGAAACUAUUAGUAAUCUUCUACCAUCUACAAACACAGAAAUUAACUCAACAGCAAUUGAUAUAAUAAAUA